AUGGAGAUUCCGCACCCAGAAGAAGGAGAUCUCAAUGAAGGUACCGAUAUAGUCAGCGCUUGCUGGGUCCUCACCGGCUUUGUCGGCGUCGUUCUAAUCUUCAGAUGUGCAAUAAAGACCUGGGUCCGAUGGGCAUUACCUCAAGUAUCCGCCCCAGGCAGAGUAUGGGGACUCGAAGAUGUCUUCUUCUUCUUUGGGUACACCGUGGAUGUCUUGCAUAUGACUUUGAUACAAAAUAGUUAUAAAUGGGGCCUGGGACGACACUUUUACUACCUGUCACCCCAAGAGAAAGUGCAAGCUUUGAGAUAUGACUUUGCUUCUCAACCUUGUGCCGUCGCUGCUGCCAUGAUAUCGAGGACAGGAAUGAUGUGGUUCCUGCUCUCCUGUUUCGCCAAUAGCAACCGAAGACUACGCAUUUCGAUUAUCAUUUGCAUGAUUGUUCAGAUCGUCGUCAACUCAAUAACAAUUGUUCAAAUUGUGGUGCAAUGUGGACCGAAUCCCUAUCACGCUGCCGAUCGGACAAAAUACUUCCAUUACAUGUGGGAUCCUCUCCCGACUGAUGGGUCGGUCAAGUGCCAGUCGCCUCAUGUUCAAACUACUGUCGGAUAUGUCCAAGGAGGCUUCAACACAAUCAUUGACAUGUACCUCGCCGGCAUCUCAGCCUUUGAAUUAUGGCAAUUCUUCAUUCAGACUUUACAACGAAAUCCCGGUGUUUCGGUUUGGGCACAAUUCAGCAAGAUAAAUCCUAACGUCCGGUCCCGUCGGAUAUGGCAGACAUUGACUCUUUCUGGACCCCUUCUUCUUUCUGGAGUUGCUUCGAUUGUCAAGACAUAUCUUCUCCAAUCACUAGGCGAUAGACUUGAUUUCACUUAUAACAUUGUCACCUUCAUUCUCUGGGUCAAAAUCGAAAACUACAGCAUCCUAGUCGCCACCUGCGCCCCCGUCAUCCGACUCUUCCUCCGCACAUUCAUCGACAUGAGACGCGAUGGCCGCUACGGCGGCUACCCCUGGAGUCGCUCUCGCUCCGACAAUCCACACAAUUCAAACGAGAACACCAGCGGCAGCGAUAACCAACAUGACCUGGAAAUGAAACGACGAAAUAAGCGAUUCAACCGCAGCCGAACUGGAGAUGGUGGUAGUGUCGAUCCGGAUAAAACGAUUGACUCGCUGUUUGAUGAUAGCUAUCUUCUGACUACGGUAGAUGAUGAGGGCAAACAUAACGCUGAUGCAGCUGGUCCGUCGCAUACGAUCGACACAGUUGCGCGCAUGCCAUCGUCAAGAGAUGCUCGCCGCAGCACCGGGGUGGGUGUAACUGUCAAAACGGAUAUUGUCGUCGAAGUCGAUGAAGAGUUGGGUAUGUCUGCAGGCAGUGGGUCAUCUUCCUUGUCGAAGGAUGCGCACUCAUAUCCCUCAUUUACGCCGCAGGAUACUCAAAAUCGGGUUGAGAGGCAUGCGCUUGGUGCGACGAUACUUUCMCUCCAUACMCCACGAGCCGGUGAAAUCCUCUGGCUAGAUCCAGAUUGGCCGAAGCCUCCUAGCGGUAGCAAUAACCGCCAUGGCGGUAUCCCAGUGAUGUUUCCAACUUUUGGCAACAUUCAAGACGAACGAAUUGUGGGAAAAGGAGAUCAGCGGGACAUGCUUCGGUGGAUGAAAGACACUCCCCAUCAUGGAUUCGCUAAGGAUUGUGUAUGGGACUUGGUCACAGCUGAUGAUAACGACAAUAAUGACUUGUUACGACUACGCCCGUUUCAAGUUCCCGCCGAUUUAGGAGGCUCCUGGCUGAGAGAAUCUGGGGACUGGGAGAUCUUGUACAGAGUCUCACUUCAAGAACAGGGGUUGAUUCAAGACCUAUGUGUGAAGAACAAAGAUACAAAAGACGUCUCCGGUGACUUGCAUGCGAAGUUGUUGUUCCAUAACUAUUUUCGAGUCUCGAAUCCAGACACCGUACGACUUUACGGAAUAAGCGAUUCUAAUAUUACCAUAGAGUCUGAAGCCAGUCGCCACGUCCAGUCUGAUUAUGUGUUAUCCUUUAAGGUACAUGGAGGCGUGGAUGAGGUGUUGACACCAGAGAAUAGUGGUCGUACGAAUGUGAUCAUGGAGGACAAAUUGAACAAAGUCACGGCACAUUUCGAUAUUCUGGCAACCAAUCUGCCAGAUCUAGAGGCAGAGGCUGUUGAAGCUCUCUUCGACGAGACCUACGACAAGUUUGGCAGGAUUUACGGCAAACGACGUGGGGAUGCGAAUUCAUACAUAAAUGGAAAAAUUGGUAAACAUAACGUCGUACUAUGCUAUAUGCCAGGAAUGGGAAAUGGAAGCGCUGCUAGCGUUGCUUCAAGCCUUCGAGUCAGUUACACAGGAAUCCAGCUUGCUUUGGUUGUUGGUAUCUGUGGAGGGGCUCCAAAUUUAUCUACUGACCAAGACAUUUUCCUGGGCGAUGUCAUUGUUAGCAAUGCUCUGGUUGAAUACGAUUUUGGGAGACAAUACCCCGGUGGUUUUAAGCGAAAGUCGGACGCCCUGAGAAGACCAGAUCGAGAAAUUCGGACACUCCUGGCUGCGCUUUCGACAAGUCGCGCGCUUGCCGAGUUUCAAGAAGAAAUGCUACACUACCUUCGCAAAAUUCAGCAACAAGGCACACGAUGGCAUCAUCCCGGGUCUGCUGAUAUCCUCUUCGAGGCUUCUUAUCAUCACAAGCAUUAUGACGCUUCUACUAGAUGCUGUUGUAUUGAAAAUGAUCUGCGUGAUGAUAUCUGUGAGGAGGCGAUUGAAAAGAACUGUGACAGCCUUGGCUGCGAUGAAAAUCGCAUAAGUCGUCGCCGAGAUAAAACAAGCAAGGCAUCUAUACACAUUGGAAAGGUUGCGACUGCCGACACAGUAAUGAAAUCCGGAGAACACCGUGAUACAAUUAUCAGCAAAGAGAGGGUCAUCGGUUUUGAGAUGGAGGGAGCUGGAGUGUGGGAUAACAUCUCCUGCAUCAUCAUCAAAGGUGUAUGUGACUAUGCGGACAGCCACAAGAAUAAAACAUGGCAAGACUAUGCUGCAGCGACUGGAGCUUCAACUGCCAAAGCCUUCUUGGAGUAUUGGAGACCUGUUGACAGAGAAGAAUAUCUUGUCGAAUACCUAUCGCAGUCAGUGAGAACGAAAUUGCCCAUGUAUGAGGCAUCUUCUCGCAGCGUUUCUACAAGCCUUCAAGUCUUUCGUUCCGAGAGCUCAGCCAUGAAAACCCCUCUCCAAGAUAUACAAAACACUGUUUCCGGGUUUGAGGCACGCUUCGAGACGCUCGAGACCCUCGUAUCCCAGCUUGUGCAUCAGCCAGUCAUCAGCGGAAGUCAACAGGAGACCAAUCCUGCGGUGAUUACUGGCCGACUCCUUGGAAAGCCGGGAGUUUUAAAAGAUAUCUGCGACGCUACCGAAGUCCGGCAAAGACCAGCAUCAAGUGAGAUAACACCGGCGAUCAAUCAGUAUUUCGGCAAUACAACUUCGAGGAAUAUUGGUAGGAGAUUCUCGUGCAUGUGCCGCUCGCUAAGACGCUUCCAACGCAAGACUAUCGUCCAUGGCUCGCUGGCCAUGUCUUCUGAAAUGACCACCGAGUGGCAUUUGCCUGGUUGCUCAGCCAGACAGAAAAUAAGAGACAAGGACCAGAGACGAAGGUUCAGUUUGACAUACACUGGGCUCCGACAUCUGCUGAAUUUAGCAGUCCAGAUUUCAUUCACCGUGACGUCGGGCGCAGGAGGCGGGAGCUUUAGCCCUGGAUUCACGUACUUUCCGAUGGUCGACAAAGAAACAGCACCAGCUUGGAGGAUGCUCAAUCUAUUGGUAAUUAUGUCGUCCGAGAAUUAUCAACAGAAUUUGCUGGCUCAAGCCAAGCCCGACCCUCUGCUUGAGCUUCUUGAUUACUUGCUUCUGAACAAGGCCCCAGCAAAUGAUUUUGAUUUAUCUGGCCACACACCACUUAGCAGUAUGUUUACGUAUACUACGUAUGGUAAUGUCUCCAACCCACGAAUUUUCGCUGCUGCAGAAGCCAUUCUACAAUCAAAUAUCGAGGCCAAUGUGGCAUGCCUGACAAAACUAUCUCCGGAAGCAUAUUCCGUGACCUGGGAACAAUCAGGAGAGCGUAUUAUUAGAGAAGACACUGCGGCACUACUUCAUUUCCUUAGCUUUUCGACUAGGGUCGCCGAAGCAUAUGGCUGUGGUCCACUAAGCUUAGCAAUUCUAUCCAACAACCCCGAUCACGUCGAGUACCUGGUAAGGAACCAUCCUGCCACUCUCGCUGAGCGAGACCUUUUUGGGCAUACUCCGCUGCAUCUCGCUGCGGACAAACCAUCAUGCUUACGGAUUCUGGUAACAGCCGCGGACACCAGAAUCCUCAAUGAGACCGAUAGUUAUGAUGAGUACGGGAAAUCUGUAUUGGAAACAGCGGUCUUCCUGAGUGGGCUACGCUGUCGAGAGCGCGGAUCCCGCCGCAUGUGUCGACGUUGCAGAUGUGCAGAGUGCGCGGUUAUUCUCCUCAACGCCGAUUGCGCGCUGCCCGUGCCGGAGAACUUACGAAUCAUAUUUCGGAAUGCCUCUAUUCGAUGUAAAAGAAGAUACGUACGUCACAUGAAAGACCGUAGAGACAGAUUGAAGAUGCUCGCCCUGGGUAAUCUUCCAGCAACGGAAGUAGAGCAGCUGGGGCUAGUCUUUGACCGUGUUCUCGAUUCUCGUGCAUCACGAGUCGCGCAUCUCUUGCAAGACCGUGGUGUUUAUAUCCCCAGAGCCCUUUCUGUUACGAGAACCAAAUCUUUGUCGGUCUACCAAGCACUUUGCUCGCCCCAUGAUGCCGAAUUAUUCUUCCGGGUCGGGUUUCACGACACUGAUUCGUGGUGCAACUGCAACACUGAUGCGGCAAAUUUUGAUGGUCAACAUACAUUGAGUCAGGACCUACCUUAUCUUCAUUGGCUUGCAAAGCAUGGAGCCAUGUCCUGUCAACUCAAGUCGCUCAAUUCAGCGAUGAGCACAUUCACGGCCAACUAUACCUAUUGGAGACUUGGUAAAGACUUCCAAUCCAGUAAAUCUUGUGAACUUGAUAACGAACUAUCACCAUUCUCACUUGCCGCCCGCAUAGCUUGGGUCCACGAACUCAAUGCUGUAGCACUGUCAGUUAAAUUUGCCGAUACCUGCGAUUGCAAAUGCUCUGGCGAGGGUUGCACCCCGGUCAUAUCCCUAUUGAAGAGUAUGUCAAAUUACUACCGUGACUCGUUUCUCCCAAGUAUCUGCGUCGCAGAAAAUAGUGCCGUAAAGCACACAGAGCUCCCACCAGCAGUGAUUCGGCAUUUUGCCGUAUUCCUCAAACAUUUUGGGAGCGACUUCGAGUUUAGACACCAUACUGCGGCUCUUCGAUAUUUGACCUACACCGCACUUGGAAUUCCGCAUACCUGCUGUAAUUCUAAAUAUAAGUCCUUGUCUGAGUCUGAUCAAGAUGCCGAGGAAUUCGAAAAUGAACACGCAUAUGAGCUAGAAUUGCUAGAACAAUUGAUGUGUGAUUUCGAGCGACAAUUCAUUGCAAGAUUUCAUGAUCCCAAUCAGGGGGUUUCUGGUCUCAUUGAAUUCUGGGAAUGCACCUGGACAAGACGGAUGAGGGAAAUCCUACACUGCCUGGAAGGUGAUAACCUGGGAGAUGAGGAGAGACGUAAGGCUGAAGAGAUCGGGGUAGUAUGGGACGAGCCGAGACCAGAACCACCCAAAGUGGUGGACAACCCUUACGAAGUGGGCACGCUGGAUUACUGGAUGUAUGAGCUGGAGAAGAUCGAAGCGGAGUGCCAGUGA